CAUGGUGGGAGGAUCUCUGUGCGUUGAGUCACGCAGCUGUCAAAGAUAGCUGUCACCCAGUUUCAGGAUCAAACACACACACAGGGCUCCGAGCACACACAGAUCUCAGGUAAACCCCCCCACCCCCUCCUCCAAGUCAUCGCCAAGACUCCAAACAAGGGACGAGAGGAGGACAGAUAAACCACAUCCAAGGAAAAGCUUUCUCUUUGGACUGUUGUCUGGAGACACGCUGGAGCGAAGACGAAAAACACAUCAAGAUAAUUCUCUUCUUCUACGCUCGGCGAGGAAUUGGGAUUUUUCGGGACGGAGAUGAAGACGAAAAAGGGUUUGACGAUGCUGUCAGGGAGCGAGACGGACGACGAGGACAACGUGGACGCCCCCCUGGAUCUGUCUUCGAGCGCUGGGAGCAACGGGAAGAGAAAGCGGAGAGGCAACCUGCCCAAGGAGUCCGUCCAGAUCCUCAGAGACUGGCUGUACGAGCACCGUUACAACGCGUACCCAUCCGAGCAGGAGAAAGCCCUCCUCUCCAAGCAGACUCAGCUCUCCACGUUGCAGGUGUGCAACUGGUUCAUUAACGCCCGGCGACGCCUCCUCCCCGAGAUGCUGCGAAAAGACGGCAAGGACCCGAACCAGUUCACCAUCUCCAGGAAAGGCAGCAAGAGCGGGGACAGUUUCUCCGACAGCUCCCAGUCCCCGAAGCACAGCAGUCCCGCUUCAGGCGCGGAGGAGGGCGGCGACAAGCGCGUCCUGCACCCCUCCAGCUUCGACCCCGCGGUGCACGGCGUCCUAAGGAAGUCCGCGUCCCCCUGCGCUGCGCCGUCUCCGACGUCCUCCGCGGGCCUCAUUCCGAACCGGCCGUCCGUCAUCUGUCACACCACCGUCACCGCGGCGAUGCAAGCGAGCCCGACGGCCCCCCACCCUCCGGUGCCAGGAAUGAACUGCGACAGGGCGGCCGAGCUGUUGCAGUCCGUGCAGGCGCAGGCGUUGCUCCGGUGCCGGGAUGAGGGGUACCCGUUUGCCACCACUACCACCAUCCUCAGCAGCACCAGCAUGGAGGGCAACCUGAGCCCCCGCAGCGGGCUGUUUAACACCCCUCCCCCGACUCCACCAGACCUCACACAAGACUUCAGUGGCUUCCAGCUCCUGGUGGACGUGGCCCUCAAACGGGCUGCAGAGAUGGAGCUGCAAGCCAAACAGCUGGUCUCGUAAAGGAGGGAGGAGGGAAGUGACUGACUUCGACUGUGGAAGUCCCUCACGUCAGUGACUCGUCUGCACGAAACAGAACAAAUCCACCUGAAACGCCUGAUCAUUUCUAUUUUUGGUAUACCAAUCAAUACGACAAGGAUGUUUU